UUUAUCAAGCGUCAACUCACGAUUUUCAAAAAAUGCUUCAAGAUGGAUUUAAUAAACAACAAGAAUUACUAAAAAAACAGCAAACGGAGCACAAAGCUGAAAUAGAAAAAUUGAAAGCCGAUUUCGAUACAAAAAUAACUAAACAACCCAAAAAAAUACCUCCAUCAGUUCCACCCAAAGAUUAUGAAGAAAUACAUGAACAUUAUGCAAGCCAGGGGGAUCCCAAUAGACCAGAGUUUACUAAAGAAGAGUUUUUACGUGAGGUUACAAAGCUUUUUGGCACCCCGCCAGUACAACCUAAACCAGAACGAUUGCGAUCCUCAAAUCAAACUGAUGAAAUAAGGAGUUUAAGAAAUGAGAUUAUAGAAAUUAGGAAUGCAGAAAAUCAAUCCCGCGAUGCACUGAAUCAGAUGUAUAAUCGAUAUAAAAAUUUAUCAGCGGAUGGACACACAACUAAUGUCAAAUCAAAUCGAAUUGCAGAACCUCAACAAAACAAGAUAGUCGAUUCACCAGUAACUACUUUCGACAAACUUUUUCCAGAAUCGGAUGACCAGCUAUUAGAAUUAUUAUCCCCAGCAAUGCGUAAAAAAAUCACUAAUCCAUCAACAAAAAAUAAAUGGGCUGAAUCGAUUGAAUAUAUGCAAUGUAGAAUUGACGAUGUAGAUAUUCCAGAAGGAUUUCCAGAUAGCGCAUCUGAAUGUAAUCUAAUGAAUAAAGCCCUAAAUGAUGCAUUAGGAUGGGAUCUCGGAACCGCACCAAAUUUUUAUCUUACACACAAUUCCGAUCAUGUAACAAAAUUAAUUGGUGGACAUAAAGAUGUGCCAAUAUCAAUAAUAUAUAAAGACAAGCAGGGUAUAGAGCACCUGGUUACUGAAACAGCAAAUAUUGUAAUUAUUGAUGACGGAGAACCUGAUUAUCUUCUUUGUAUGGGAACACCCUAUAUUCGAAAAGUUAAAGGACUUCCAGAUUUAGAUAAACAUGAGUUUCGGAUGACAGUUCGAGGUAAGUCUUAUGUUAUUCCAACAUUUACUAAACCAACUGGAGAUAUUAGCGAUAACCAGCCUUCAAGUAAGAUAUCAAGCUGUUGUACUGCUCUGAGAAAUCGUUAG